AUGUUGGAAAUUAAAACCGCCAAGACCCGCAAGGGUAAGCGGGAGCUCGAGAAGCGCGCCCCCAAACUUGUGGAAUCGGGGAAGAAAACGCUGAUCUUGCAUGGAACAAAGACCAGCGGCGUGCUGAACGCCGUGCUGACGCAGAUUUAUCACCUGAAGAAGGACAACGCCGUCAAGUUCAGCCGGAAGAACGAGAACGUUAAGCCUUUCGAAGCCGGUGGCGAGACUUCUCUUGAGUUUUUUUCUCUCAAAACCGAUUGCAGCAUCUUUGUGUACGGAUCUCACUCGAAGAAGCGGCCUGAUAACCUUGUUAUAGGGAGAACUUAUGACCAUCAUAUCUACGAUUUAGUGGAGGUUGGAGUUGAAAAUUUCAAACCCAUGGAAUCUUUUAGUUAUGAUAAGAAGUUGGCUCCUAAGGAAGGGUCAAAGCCUUUUAUUGUUUUUAUUGGAGAAGGAUUUGAGGCUGUAGAAGAGCUAAGACAUUUAAAGGAAGUUUUGCUUGAUCUUCUUCGUGGUGAGGUUGUGGAGAAUCUAAAUCUUGCUGGAGUUGACAGGGCAUAUGUAUGUGCUGCCCUUUCUCCGAAUCGGGUGCUUUUUACACACUGUGCACUGCGGCUGAAAAAGUCAGGCACUGUUGUGCCAAGGAUGGAAUUGGAAGAAGUUGGCCCGUCCAUGGAUUUUGUUAUUCGUCGGCAUCGUCCUCCUAAUGAAAGUUUGAGGAAGGAAGCAAUGAAAACGUCAAGGGAGAAGCCAAAGAAAAAGGAGAAAAAUGUUAAAAAGGAUGAAUUGAAGGGAAAGAUUGGAAGUAUAUAUAUUCCAGAUCAGAAGGUUGGAGAAACAGCUUUACCUUACAAAGCAAAAGGAGUCAAGAGGGAGCGCCGAGAAGCAAAGGGGAAAAACGAGAAGGAUGAAAAUGCUCCUAAACGGAAGAAGGAAGAUUCUUAA